AUGGUCUACCAUCUUUUUUCUUGUAAGGAUAGCUUGAUGAAGAACCAAAGCAUUGUGGAAAAAAGGAAGAGAAAGGGAGGGAAGGAUUUUCAUGGAGAUGAUCCAGAAAUCAAUGCCAUGUUUGAUGCUGUUAAAAGGAGGAGAAAGAUUGAGAAAAGUUCUCAAGAAAUCAUCCAGCUUGUUGAGAAAGUAAUGGCUGAACUUGAAAUCGUAGCUGAAGACUAUGCACAACUCAGUAGAAUAGGCCAACCAGCCAUCAUCAAAUUCCAGAAACUGCCUUUCCUUACCCAAAUUUUGUCCAAGAAAAGUUUUCAACAAGAGUUUUUGGAUCGUGGAGUUCUGACACUUUUGAAGAAUUGGCUAGAGCCCCUUCCUGACGGCAGCUUACCAAACGCAAAUGUCCGCAGCACAAUUUUGAAUAUCUUGACAGAUUUCCUACUCGAUUUAGAGCAACAAGGACGACAAGUACAGCUCAUGAAAAGCGGUAUUGGGAGGAGCAGAAGCUAA